AUGUUCCCGAUGAAGAAGAUGAUCUACCAGAUUCAACCAGUCGCUAUGUUUGUCCAUGCCCUCCCAAACUCCAUGCAGGGGUACCAGUUGGCCGUGGGACCCUUCACUGAUGAAGAGGAGUGGGAGCUAGCGGAAUGGCUUCUGAAAAAUGUUGGUCAGAUGCAAGCUGAAGCAUUCCUCAACUUACCCAUUCUUCCCACUCAGACAGCAGGCUGGAUUUGCAAUAUAGUAACGGUCAAGAGAGAUAAAAUUGAUGCAGAUGGAAAAGUUGCUUGUGAAGAUCUCGAGUUGUGGCACCACGAUCCAAUCGAAUGUGUAAAGGAACUGAUGGGUAAUCCUGCAUUCUGCGAGCUUCUUGCCUAUGCUCCAGAGCAAGCAUUUGUGGAUGAGGAUGGCACAAAUCAAAUCUUCGAUCAGAUGUGGACUGGAGAGUGGUGGUGGGCAACACAGAAAAAGUUACCUAUCGGUGCAACUAUUGCUGCAUUGAUCCUGUCAUCAGACAAGAUGCAGCUGACUCAAUUCUGCAGAGACAAGAGUGCCUGGCCAGUCUAUCUCACACUUGGAAAUAUUGACAAAGCCAUCUGGCAUCAUCCAACGGCUCAUGCAACAGUGCUCAUUGGAUACCUUCCUGUUGCAAAACUUGAAUGCUUUGAUGCAAAGACAUGCUCCAUUGCAGGAUAUCGGCUCUUUCAUUACUGCAUGUCAUGCAUUCUGUCACCAAUUGUGAAGGCAGGUAAAGAUGGCGUUGAGAUCCUUUGUGCUGAUGGUCUUGUUCACCGUGUGCAUCCCUUGCUUGCUGCAUAUUGUCUGAUUGCAUGCUGCAAGGAGAGUUUUUGUCCACAAUGUCAUGUUGAACCCAAGGAUAGAGCUGUCUGGAACCCCUUCUGGAAAGACCUCCCCUUCUGCGAUAUAUUUACCUGCUUUACCCCUGACAUCCUUCAUCAGCUGCACAAGGGGGUCUUUAAAGACCAUCUCGUUGACUGGUGCAUGAAGAUUGUGUUGACACCUGAAAUCAAUGAGCGUGUGGUACAACCAGCAGUGCUGCAAAUGGCAGUCGCCAUCAUUGACUUCAUAUACUAUUCACGACUCCACAUCCACACAUCAGCAACUCUUGAUGCCCUCAGGAAAGCUCUCAAAAUCUUCCAUGAAAACAAAUCCAUCAUUAUCAAUGCUGGAGUUCAGGAACAUUUUAACAUACCAAAAAUCCACCAAAUGAGCCAUUAUUAUGCCUCCAUACAAUCUCAUGGUUUGCCUGAUGGAUACAAUACUGAAAACUCAGAGUGCUUGCAUAUCGAUUUCACCAAGGAGGCAUACUGUGCCAGCAACAAGCAAGACUAUGUUAAGCAGAUGACGACUUGGAUGGGAUGGCAAGAGGUGGCUGCUCGCUUUCGACAGACAAGAAAGCUGAGGUAUAUGAGCAUUGGUUUGGAGGAGGGAGAAUGUGAAGACUAUGGUGCAGAAGAUGGAGAUGAAGCUGUCACAAUGGUGAUGAGUGUGACAAUUGCGUACUCCAAAUUCAGAGUCGCUGUCAUGCCUGCUUUCUCUCAACUCACAAUUGCUGAUAUCGGAUCAUGUUUUCAUGCACCCCAGUUCCUCCAUGCCAUCCAAUGCUAUAUCAUUCACUGUUACCCACCACCUUGCAAGCUCACACUGCUAAACAUGACUGAUCACUUUGACCUUUACAAGAUCCUUACAAUUCCAAUACCUAAUCUUUCAACAGUCAGACAUUACCAUCAAGUUAGUCGCAUACGAGCAACUCCUGCUGUCCCAUCUGGUCCAGGAAGAAAGGAGGAACCCUCUGCACACUUUGAUACUGUGCUCGUUUGUUGUGAUGAAGAGGUUAGCAAUAUACAUACCAAGGGAACUUCACUAGAGGGUGUGUUCAGAGCCAUUUUCAAACUUCCAGAGCAUCUUCGAGCAUCAUGUCUUCCUGUAGUACUCACAUAUGUCAAGUGGUUUACAUCGUUCAAUUGGCUGCAUCCUGACACCAAAAUGUACUCUGUUUCUCAUUCCCUCCAAUACUGGGAGCAUGUUCCCCAAGUUAUACCAGUGGAUAACAUCGUGGGGAGCUGCCAUUUGCUUCCAAAAUUUGGCAUGGCUGUCAACAGAGAGUGGAGCUCAGCAACCAUUCUUGAGCAGUGUAAGAGCUUCAGUCUUAACCGUUUUAUCAUGCUUGGAGAGUUUUAUGCCCAAAGUGCCGAGUUGCAUGUAGAAGCAAAACAUCUUCAUUGA